AUGGACGUCGCGAAAAAGCAAAGAACGGUGCAACGCACUUUAUUCACAAAGUGCCUCAACGUUUUUGUCGCGAAAUGCAACAACGCUACUGUUACAGCCGAUGACAGGCAUGUCGCUCUACAGAUGCUCGAGACCAGAGUACAAGAGCUUGAAAACGCAAAUGCAAAAUACAUUGAAUUGUUAUCGAACGAAGCGGUUGAUGACGACGUUCUCGUGAAGGAGAUAGAGUCUCACGAUGAAUACCAAAAGAAGUUUUUGGAAGCGAGAGUGAAAUAUCUGAGUGGUGUUAGUGCAACACGUACGGGAAAUAGCGAAUUUGGUGCUAAUCAACAAGUACAUCGCAGUGACAAGCCGUACAAGUGUCCUACACUCGAGGUGCCGAAAUACCCCGGAGGAGUCCAUAAGUGGCUACAGUUUUGGUCACAUUUUCGCAAAUACCACGAGGAUCCCGUGCUUUCCAAGGAAGACAAGCUGGAAUAUCUGAAAGGCAUGAUGGCAGUCGAUUCCAAGGCAUUUGUGAUCGUACACGGUUUUCCGACCACGGCAGAGAAUUACGAUUCAGCUUUCGAGAGUCUAAAAGAUCGUUAUGGACGAGACGACUUACUAAUUGAGUAUUACACCAGGGAAUUGUUAACCUUGGCCAUACAAAAUGCCACUAAGAAAAAAGAAGAGCAAUCGGAUAUUGCAUCGAUUUACGACCGACUUUCAGCUCACAUUCGCGCUCUGGACACGCUGGGUGUCAAAACGGACAAUUGUGCGACGAUGCUCUACCCGCUUGUGGAGUCGUCUCUCCCGGAAGAAAUUCUGCGAACGUGGCAACGCUCGCCUUUGAGUUCGUCAACAAACAACGGAAACCAAGGACAAGAGGGAGCUCCGGUUUCAGACCGUUUGACGAAGUUAUUAGAAUUUCUGAAGACCGAGGUGACGAACGAGGAGAGAAUCAACAUGGCGGUCACUCAUUUCGCUGUAGCGUCGGAUAAGAAGAAGGAGAAGCCGAAAGAAGGUAAACAAAAGGAAAACAAGGGGACUUCGUCGAAGGAGCCAGCAACUGCGAGCGCGCUCUUGUCGAGCGAACACAAAGGUACGAAAUGUGUAUUCUGCGGCGAAAGUCACGGUAGCGCGAAUUGCGAGGAAGCGAAAAAGAUGUCGUUUGAAGAUCGGAAAAAGAUAAUGAAAGAUAAAAAUUGUUGUUUUAAAUGUCUUAUACCGAAUCACCGAUCGAAAAAUUGCAAGGUUAAAAUAAUUUGCGGUUGGUGCGGAAAUCGUUAUCACAUUCUUGUUUGUCGGGAGUUGAAUAAAGAUAAAGAACCGAGUGAUCCGAGCGAGCGAAAGAACGAUGCUACCGUGAAAAGCUCGCGACCGGAGCAAACUCUCGCCAGCUUUUGCAGUGCGCCUGACGUCUAUUUACAAACAUUGCGCGUCGUGAUAUAUUCUGAUACGAGAGAGAAGGUUGCACGCGUAGUUGUCGACCAAGGCUCACAGAGGUCGUACAUUCGCUCUGACGCGGCAAAGUUUUUGGGAUAUCAACCCGUUGGAAAGCGCGAAGUGACGCAUGCUUUGUUCGGAAGGGUGAAAUCCGAUACACAAGUGCAUAACCUUUAUUCGGUUCGUAUGAGAAGCCUGGACGAUACAUACGCGUGCAAUUUUCAAGUAAUGGACGAGAAAACUAUCUGCGCGGAUAUACCACGUAUCAAGCGAGUUGAUUGGCUUGAUGAUUUGAAAAAACACAAUAUUUCUCUCUCUGACUUGGAAGCUGACACCACUUAUAGCGAUAAUUCGAUCGAUGUUUUAAUAGGUGCUGAUAUUGCAGGAAAACUUUUUACCGGCAAAAAAUAUGAUUUGGAAAAUGGUAUAACUGCUUUCGAGUCACGCUUAGGUUGGAUGAUUAUGGGCAGAGCGCCAAGUAGUAAGAGAGAAGAUUGUACUUUGAACGUUGUAUCCAUGUUUGUCAACGAAGCGAAAGUAUCAAACUUGUGGGAGUUAGACCUUCUUGGGAUAAGAGAUCCAAUAGAAAAAGGCAACGAACUUGCGAGAGAACAAACUAUCAGAGAAAAUUUUAUGAAUACUGUUUCUUACAAAGACGAGCGUUAUAGUGUUGAUUUGCCGUGGGAUGAUGACCAUCCUCCAGUCUCGAGUAAUUUUGAGUUAUGUAAGAGUAGGCUAGAAAGCACGGUAAAGAAACUCUAA